AUGGUAACCAAAGACCGCUUCUUGGAAUACGAUGAGGUGUACAAGAAGGAUCUGGCGAAGGGUAAGGGGCGGGAGAGGUGGGGUGACUGGCAUGCCGGCUACACACGGCGCGGAAGUGCGUGCGCUUUGCUCCUCCAAAACGCUCGAUCUAUCCAAGUCGCUCACCCAAACUUGGCGUCUUGGUCACAGUCUUCUGUAAAAUUGUCUAGAGAAGACUCCAAUCACGACAAUAUGGAAGACUGGGUCGGCCAGAAGCACACCUUGGAGGCCGCACUGAUCGACUGCUCAAAACACUACAGCGGAAACCCCCCAGGGAAACAAAGCUCAGCCAACUUUAGGAUUACUUCAUCAGCUAGGGAUCUAAGACACCAAUAUGUGGCUGCAUACAUGUACCACUAUACCUCUCACGCUGCGAACGACGUCGACCCGAGCGACGACAAAGACAUGCUUUUGAUCGGCCCAGCCAAGGACAUUGCGUUCAAUUGCUUGCUAGCCACGCUUUACAACCUCAUACAUGCGCCACAUAUUCAAAGAGCGACAGUCCCUUUCUUCCCCUCGCCCUCGUUUCCAAAAGACAGCCAUCACCGAGGCGCUACUAGCUGCCACCAGCGUAGAGCUCACUGA